AUGAAUGGAAAAACUAUUGCAUGUCAUUGCCCUGGAGACGGUUCUUUGCUUGGACACGUGGAUCUUCACCAACCCGCCGAUAUUGAUCAGUCAAUUCGCUUGGCAGAAGAGGCUCAAAAGUCUUGGAAGAAAACAUCAUUUCAGGAAAGAAAAGACUUUUUGCAAGCAUUGAAGAAAAAUAUCUUAAAAAACCAAGAUAAGUAUGCAGAAAUUGCUUGCAAAGACACGGGUAAAACACUUGUUGAUGCUGCAUUUGGUGAGAUUUUGGUUACGUUGGAGAAAAUCAACUGGACCAUAAAAAAUGGUGAGCAGUCGCUUCGUCCUUCGAAACGCCCUACUUCUCUCCUUACUUCCUAUAAGCAUGGCUAUGUCCAAUAUGAGCCCCUUGGUGUCAUAGCUGCUCUUGUAAGUUGGAAUUAUCCUCUGCAUAAUGCUCUUGGUCCUAUUAUUUCCGCUCUUUUUGCGGGAAAUGCUGUGAUUGUCAAAGGAAGUGAGUUGACUGCUUGGUCUACCCACCAAUACUGUGAGAUAGUUCGCCAAUUGCUAAAGUCUCUUGGCCACAACCCCGAGUUAGUUCAGUGUAUCACUUGUCUCCCGAAAGUAGCUGAUUAUUUGACAAGCCAUCCUGGACUUCGUCAUAUAACCUUUAUUGGUUCUCAGUCAGUUGCCAAACUGGUCGCUGCAUCUGCGGCUAAACAGCUAACCCCGCUUUGUCUAGAGCUCGGCGGUAAAGAUCCUUGUAUUCUCAACGAUGAUCACCGUUUAGAGGAAGUACUUCCUAUCGUCAUGCGUGGUGUUUUUCAAAGUGCUGGUCAGAAUUGCAUUGGCAUAGAGAGAAUUAUUGCCUUGGAUACCAUUUAUGAUGCCGUUAUUGCCAGGUUAUACAAUCGAAUUGCUCCUAUGCGGCUCGGUAUGUAUACCCAGAAAGACGUGGAUAUGGGCGCAAUGGUUUCUAAUAAUCGUUUUGAUCUUCUCGAAGAAUUAAUCCAAGAUGCCGUAAAGCAAGGUGCUCGUUUAAUUUGCGGUGGUAGUCGAUAUCACCAUCCAAAAUAUCCCAAUGGCUUCUACUUUCUUCCGACUUUACUAGUAGAUGUGACGAACGAAAUGAAGAUUGCUCAAGAAGAAUGCUUCGCUCCUAUUGCCCUGGUUUUUCGAGCCAAGACACCACAACAUGCCUUAGAGAUUGCAAAUGGCACGAACUUUGGUUUAGGUGCCUCUGUUUUUGGUAAAGACAAAGAAAUAUGCCAAUAUUAUGUUGAAAAUUUGGAAAGCGGUAUGGUAGCCGUAAAUGAUUUUGGUGCGUUCUAUUUGCUUCAAAUGCCUUUUGGUGGAUGUAAGCAAAGUGGUUAUGGACGGUUCGCUGGAUAUGAGGGUCUCCAGGGAAUUUGUAACUCCAAGUCGGUUGCUUGCGAUCGCUUCAAGUCUAUUCACACCGGCAUCCCACCAGCUGUUGACUAUCCUAUUCCUGAUUCUCAAAAGGCAUGGCGGUUUGUUCGAGGCUUGAUGGGUACUGUCUACGGUGCAUGGAUUGGACUUUUGCCAAACGUAUAUAAGCUUGUACGAAAUUCCUAA